AUGUCCCAACUUCCUCUUCACCACCCCGCCGGCAAGGCACCACGAUAUCCGUCACACGAUUAUGCCACCUUUCCAGAAGACCUCCGCGGGAAACGGAUACUGCUCUGCACGGAAUCCUUCGGCCCCGUCAACGGCGUGAGUCGUACCACUCUGAUGCUCGUUGACCAUUUGCGAGCCCACGGUGCCUUGGUCGCCGUCGUCGCACCCCUGAACCACACCAAGCACGACACCUUCGCCCCGUCUGCCGCAGAAAAACGGCCAGAGGACGACACGCUGGUAGAGGUCCGUUUGAAAGGAUACCCGCUCCCCUUCAACCCGGAGCUAUCUGUCGUUUACCCUGUCCGCGUCUCUACUCUCUUCGCCCGCACCUUCGGUCGGGACAACCCCCCAGACCUCAUCUACCUCGCAAGCCCGGCCUCUCUCGGCUUCCAGGUCAUGCUCCAGGUUCGCCAGCAGCCCCGCGAGAAGCGCGUGCCCAUCGUCUGCAACUUCCAGACCGACCUGGCCGGCUACUGCUCCAUCCUCUUCCCCCAACCCUUCAGCACCAUCGCCGUCUUCGCCUUCGCCCUGGUCCAGAGCUACCUCUUCCGCCACGACUCGGUCAAAACGCUGUUCUAUCCCUCCCGUUUCGUCCGUCGCUAUCUCGAAGGGCAAGGCGUCCAGCCCGAAAAGAUGGAGUUGCUCCGCCGCGGGGUGAACACAAAGGCCUUCUGCCCCGGCCGUCGUUCGGAGAAGCUCCGUCGAGAGAUUGCCCCCAAUGGUGAGAUCAUCCUGAUCUGCGUCUCCCGCAUCGCCGGCGAGAAGGGGUUCGACUUCCUCGCCCAGGCCGCCAAGGAACUCGAUGCCCGUGGGCUGCCGUUCAAGCUGUACAUCGUCGGCGGUAACCGCAAUCCUGACGUCGAGCGGGAGGUGCAAGAGAUGUUCGACCCCCUGGUUGACGAGAGCAAAGUCAUUUUUGCCGGGUUCAAGUCGGGCGAGGACCUGGCGACCGCCUACGCGUCCGGUGAUAUCUUCCUUCACUGCUCGGUGACCGAGACGUUCGGGCUCGUCGUGCUCGAAUCCAUGGCGAGCGGCGUGCCCGUUGUCGCCCGAGACGAGGGCGGACCCAGCGACAUCAUCGACGACGGCCGAUGUGGUCACCUGUUGCCGCCCCAGGACUUGCACGGUUUCGUGGACCGGGUCAUGGCGCUAGCGAAGGACCCGGCCCGACGUGCAGCCAUGGCUCAGGAAGCGCGAUCCCUGGCCUGCGAGGCCACGUGGGAGAAGAUCAACAACCAGGUCGCCUGGCGGAUGGUCGAUACUAUCGAGGGACGGCGGAGAGAGCUGGUCCGGGUGGGCCAUGCGCAGCACCCGACGCUGUUUGCGAACGCGCGCGCGCUGGUGCAGUUCUACGGGUGGGUGAUGAUGAAUGACGCCGCGCGAGAGGUUAUCAUAUCCUGGAUCGUCGAUGCGAAAAUGGCUGGCGGGCUGGGCAUCGUCAUCACCUUUUGGCUCUUUACGGGCAUCUAUCUGGUCUUUACCGAGGUGGCACUCUGGACGAAGGGCCGGCUUCCGAGGCAGACCCGAGCAUGGAAAGCGGAAUGGCCUACGGAGGACUGA